AUGAAGUCAGUGCUAGUCACAUCUCUGCUUGUUUCUGUUGCCUUUGCUGAUACUCACCACAGUAGGCUUGUCACCUAAUUUUUGAAUAGACCAACCUCGUAGACAUAUAUAGCGUGCCAAUGAACACAAACUUCGAAAUUGUCAUAAAAGUCGAUGCCUCAAGUUCGGUGCGUCAAUUAAAUAUUUCAUACACCGCUGAAGUUCAUAAUCAAUGUCAGCAAACACUCACAUUUUUGUUUCGCACUGUUAAGCAAAACGGACUCAGGAUUCGUCGAAAGCACGCUCGACAAAGACUGCGGGGAGCUUAGCAUGUGUGUGCAAUUACUACCACGUGAGUUUGCUUAGAAGGAUCAGAAUUCAUAUGGUUUUUAUUGCAUACUUAUGAUCGAAAGUAGCGAUUAGCACGUUUCUCUUCGAUUUUUUUUCGGUAAGGCAUUUUGUUAGAAAAAUCAGAUCUCAAAUGCUUUAUUUUCAGAAUUGGUAAGAGUGCUUUAUAUUGCCGUGUAACACUGAGUUAACCCACGUCCUUCCUUAAGCCCUUACUGGUCUUGACUGGCUGGAUUGACUGCAGUUUGCGAAGCACUUAGGCACCUCAAUAUGCUUGGUUUGGCCUAGUGUAGCGCAGUGGCAACUACGAUGCUCGUUAAACAAAACCUUACUUACAUACAGGUGUUUUCUGUCUUGACAGCAAAACGCAGUCUUCAAAUAUAUGGAGAUCCCAAGACUGACAACGCACGGCUUCUUCUCAUUCCUGAAGAUUCCGGACUGUCAAACGCCAUAGUAGCGAUAGUGAGAAGUGCCAAAUGCUAUCCCAGUACAUAUUUCUAUAAACGAUUUUGCACUCUUUACGUCGCCAAUUGUGUGCACUUAAUAUUUAAACUGUUCUGAAUCAUGCAUUGCCAUCGUUUUCAGUCGUAACUUAAUCUGUUAAUCAUUUUUAUUAUUUUCCUUCCAUUGACAGAGCCCUAUAGUGUCUUAUUUACUGAAUCAUUCUGCGCCAAACGCGAUUUUAUGGACUCGCUGACACUAGUGUUUGAUAAAGACAUUAAGGUAAGCAAACCUUCAUUUACAGUUCGUGCCGAGGUGUGUUAUAAUUUGUUUCGAAUUGGAACGGCGUUUAAAUUAUCUGAUGCCAUUGUGCCCUCGGAAGAUUGUGCAUACACGUGUAUAUGUUAAACUUGAUACUUGCAUGAAAUCUGUUCUACAUUCUGAAGGAAAUAAAACUUGAGGGCCCCAUUUCAAAGUACCCAAAGAAUACGGUUGUUGAUGGCGCGGAGGUGUUUAUACCAUACGGUUAGUUGGAAUUUAGUGCUGACAAACUGAGAAAUGAGAGAGCGGCUGGGCAUUUAACUGUUAUUUGAAUGUUUCAGAGAAAGUCGAUGGUCAGGACUAUGAACUCUUGCGGAUCACCGGUAAAAUCGGGGACACAAGUGUAUCCUUCACACUGGUAAACCCCGCUGGAGUUGAUACAAACUACAUUAUACAGCCAGUCAACAAUUUGCAGGUGCAGCUCAAUCCAGUACGGUUCAUCAGAUGGGAGAAAAAUUGCCAACGACCGUUAAACGUUGGCGCGUUCGAAGUAUAA